UAUAUUAUUUGCCGUGGAGGCGAAGUUGGAGAAGGCUCUGGACUCUGGAGAAUUGACACAUCCAAGCCUUCUACGAGGGUAUAGGGGACGCGACCGAGGCAAAGGGUAACGUUGGCGAUAUACAAUGGCGGACGACGACUACAAUGACAUGGAUAUGGGAUAUGAAGAUGAACCACCGGAGCCUGAGAUUGAAGAAGGUGCAGAGGAAGAUGUGGAAAACAAUAACAAUGAUGACAUACCUGGAGACACUGUUGAAACUGAGGAUAGGGAAGAACAAGAACCUAUAGAAAGGCCUAGGAAGACAUCCAAAUAUAUGACAAAAUAUGAACGUGCGCGGAUAUUGGGUACCCGUGCUCUGCAAAUCAGUAUGAAUGCACCUGUCAUGGUGGAGUUGGAGGGGGAGACUGACCCUUUGGAGAUUGCUAUGAAGGAGCUUCGAGAGCGGAAGAUUCCAUUUACCAUCCGCCGCUACUUGCCUGAUGGAAGCUAUGAAGAUUGGGGAGUUGAUGAACUGAUUGUGGAAGACUCCUGGAAGAAGCAAGUGGGUGGUGACUGAUUUGCUUUGAGCUGACAAAACGUGGCGUGUUAACGAGUAAAGCAAACUAUGAAGAGAGACAUUAAAAAAUAUAUCUUUCAUGUGAUCUCAUCAUCUUGGAUCUUUGUGUCUUGAUGUCAAACUAUGACCCUACUAAAAGCUUUGCUUAUUGCGCUGUUCUAAUCAAUCAUUGGCUGUCUGUAUAUCAUUGUUAUGUAAGCUUCCCAUUUUAGCAUCCACUAGUCCAUGAGGUUUGAUAAAUGAAUCAAAUCAUGAAUAGCGCGACUUGUUAGAGUUUUUGAUAUCAUAUCUAUAUAUCGGUGUAAAUUUUGUCGGGCUUUGUGUUGAA